GUUUGCUCUGAGAAGGGUCUGAAACGGUGGUGCGCCGGUCCUGGGCCGGUGGGGUCCUGCCCUCCACGGGCCCUGUCAGUGCGGACGGGAGGAUGCGACGCGGAGAAGUCCGGAGUCCCUGACACGGCGGCGGCGUUUUUCCUGGCGCCGGGGGAGAUGGACUCUGGAGCCCGCCAGGGCGGUGGCGCCUUAGGACAAUCCCGCGAGUAUAAACUGGUGAUGCUGGGAGCUGGCGGCGUGGGCAAGAGCGCUAUGACCAUGCAGUUCAUCAGCCACCGGUUCCCAGAGGACCAUGAUCCUACCAUUGAGGAUGCUUAUAAAAUACAAAUACGGAUUGAUGAUGAACCUGCAAAUUUGGACAUUUUGGACACAGCAGGACAGGCAGAGUUUACAGCUAUGCGGGACCAGUACAUGAGGGCAGGUGAGGGAUUUAUCAUCUGUUAUUCAAUCACGGACCGACGCAGUUUUCAUGAAGUGCGUGAGUUCAAACAGCUCAUCUACCGGGUUCGGCGCACUGAUGACACUCCUGUGGUUCUUGUGGGGAACAAAUCUGAUCUGAAACCGCUCCGACAGGUCUCCAAAGAAGAAGGCUCAGCUUUAGCACGAGAAUUCAGCUGCCCUUUUUUUGAAACGUCAGCCGCAUUCCGCUAUUAUAUCGAUGAUGUAUUUCAUGCUCUUGUGCGAGAGAUCCGUAGGAAAGAGAAGGAAGCAAUAAUGGCCAUGGAAAAAAAAUCCAAACCCAAAAGCAGCGUAUGGAAAAGACUAAAGUCACCAUUCCGAAAGAAGAAAGAUUCAGUGACCUGAAGGGGAGGGGGUGUAUCUGUCAAACUGUGAACUGGAAUAUGUAGUCAAAGCAGUCCAGUGACCUACAUUUUUGAGCAUUAUGCUUUCUCUAUUUUUUGACUAUUUUAAAAGGAAAUCUAACUAUUGGGAGUUUUGGGGGCGGGGCUGCGAUUUACAUUGUUUAAAGUAAUCUUCCUCUUCUCCCCCCUCCCCCCCCAUUUCAGAACAUUUGGUCUAUGACACAGCAGUGGGUUUUACUUUUGUUUACUGUCACUUUCUGACUUGUAUCCAGCAAAUGUCACUGAUGUAGUUGGUUGCAAAUGCUGUUACGUAUGUUCCUGCACUUUUAAAUGUUUGUCUUAAGGGAUCUCAGCAUAAUGAAAACCGCACUAUGUAGAAUGUCUUUGAACUUUUACUUAGAGCCUAACUUAGUUGUCGGGAUGUUUUGUUUUUUUUUCUUUCCCUCUUUCCUGGAGAAUUGCACAACAAAGUUUGCUGCUUUCUGGAAAAGUAAUUCACAAUGUAUGAGAAGGCUUGUCAAGAUCAGUGUUGAAAAUAAUGUUUGUGAAGCACAUAUAGCAGACUAAUGGAACAAACUGCGUGCACAUGUCAGUGAGAAGAACUCAUGCUGAAAUUGCUUUAUGGUCUGAUUGUGCAUUUUUCCAACAAACAAGUAAUGAUGGACUCCAUGUGCAUGUUUAUAUAAAAAUAAUUAUAAGAAACACGUGUAAUGCAACAGUAUAGUUUAGAUUUUAAACAAGUCAGGAAAAUUAAAAUUGAUUCCCAUGGCAGCCAUAACUUGAGAACAUUGCAUGAAUAUGUAGCAUUUUCUUAAUGUAUAUAGUGUUCUUGUACUGCCAUAGUAAAGUAUGUGCAAUGUGAUAGAGUUGCAGGGGCUCUAGGAAAGUAGAGUUUUGACUUUCCUGACUUGCAUGCUUAAAAUCUUAUCUGUAAUGUUGCAUUAGCUUAUGUAUUUGCAUUAAAUUUUACGUUCUUUUCUUAAAGAAGCCAAUAUUGUUAGAUUGAAGUCUCAAACACAGAUUCAUUACAGAUUUUUUUAUGCUUUGAGGCUCUGUACCCCACACUGCACUGUGUUGUGGAGGGAGAGUGUAAAAUUAGAGAUUGCUGGCAAUAGGACCUAGCAGAAAUAACUCCGAACCUGGUGAGACUCAUCCAUUGCAAGUAGGUGGGGAGUUGAGGGGAAGAUGAUGAUUACCUGGGCUUAAUGUCAGUCCUGAGAAUGAUAUAUACAUGGAUAUCCCUACAUAUACACACACUCAAGUGGGUAUAUGUAGAUAUUUGUGCCCAGUGAUCACUUACGCUGGUUAGGAAGCUGGUGUUUUGUGAAGCAGCACAUUUUUCAAAUGCUGCAAAUUAAAUGUUCCUCAUGGAGGACUAUAUAUAUAUGUCAGUUCUGAAGAUUUUUAAUCCAGAGUUUAUUCAAGUAUAAAAAUAGCAUGAAAGAUGGAUUUUUUAAGUAACAUAAUUCACAUAGGUAACUCAGAAAUGGCAAGAGAAAAUGUAGGCUAAACAUAAUUUCUCAGAAAAUCAAACUCUAAAAACUGGAAUUUAAAACGAAAGUGCUUCCUUGCCCACAAGUAUAGUAUCACAACUGUAUUCUAUGAUUGGUUUUGUCAGUAAUUACAUUGACUGUACUGGGUUGGUGUCAGAUCUGUAUUUUCAGCCUUAGUUUGACACACACGAUCAUUGUACAUUCAGAGUUGGAAUGCAGAGAUGUUAAGAUUUGUGUAUAAAGGAUUCAAUGAAAGCAACAAAUAGGACAAAUGGGUGAGCCCUCAUGAUUUCCUUCACUAAACUGCUUAGCUUUUCCUGUUCUUUUGCAAACAGCAUCAUAGGAAAUGUAAGCUUUUUAAGUUUGAUUUUCUGUGUAGGAAAUCAGAGAAACGGAUAUAGAAUUUUCUCUGUUUCUUUUGUUUUAUUUUUUUGCUUUUUUAAAACUGUGCACCUGGACUACAAAGUUGUAUAAAUCAGUUUCUGGGUUCUUUCUUAUAAAGUUCCAUUGCAAAUCCACCUGUGUUAUGCUGUGCUGUGCCACAAUCCAUUACAUGGAAAAAGUAGCUCAAAAUAAUCUAGAACAUUUAGAAUGUAUUUUAGUUGUUUGUUGCAGUGUAAGAUGAAAUAUUUUGUUAAAAUUAACUUCAUGAGCAAUAUUGCAUACCUUUACCAUAGUUACUGAUUUAGAAAUUAAGGCCCUAAUAGUUAUUCAGUAUUGGAGUAAGUACUGUCUAUAACCAUGAGAUAAAAAUCCCAGGUAAGCCACACAACAGAAAACAUCAGUGAAAAAAUAUAGAAAUAGCGCACGCACACAAAAAAAGGCUGUUUCUAAUUAAAAGAUGAGACAAUACCAGCUUUCUCUAAAAGUUAAACACAAUUUUAAUUCCUACUUCUUUUCAAGGAUAGAAAUUUGACUUGAAAUUCUACUCAGCUACUAGUAUGUUCAAAACUUGCAGGCAUUAACGAAACAUAACAUGUGAGCAGCGAUAAAACCUAAUGGGGCUAAUUCCUACUCUUGCCUUUUGAUAAAUGGUGGGAUUUCUGUGCCUUAAAUUAGCCCUUUAACAAAUUCAAUGUUGAGUGAUUCCAUUUGAGCCUGUUGCUUGUGGAACUAAUAAAUCUGAACAGCAAGCACUUUUUUACACAAUGUUGUUCAAGAAGAUUGUUUUAUUUUUGUCAUGUAUACAUUUGUACACAAAGAAAUGAUUAUUUCAUUUGACACAAUACAGAAUUUUUAAUAUAAAUGUUUGUAUUUUAUGUUUUAAUCCUAGGUGCCUAAGACUGUCAAUAGAAAACAUUGCGGCUGGGGGCUCAGAAAUAAGUAGAAAGUUUGUAGCGUGCGCAUAACUUUUGGUGGAGUUAGCUUACUAGCUGGAGCUUAGAAGGUGAGCUGUAAAACUAAAUAACUGUUUAAAAGAUGCAAGGCUAAGAAGUACCAUAAGAAGAGUUUGGUGCUACGACCUGCUUAAGAGUGAGAGAGAAUUUUCAUUAAUAUAAUAGUUCAGACUUGUAUGUACUAUAUAAGAGUCUUUGAGUUGCCAUUUUUUGACUUUGAGGGUUGGGAAGAUGAUGGUGUUUAGAAGGGUAAGCAGCUAAACUUUGGUCUGGAAAACUUGAUAUUAGCAUACAGGAGAACUUAAUCCUGUAUUUCCCUUUGUAUCGUUUUCUUCGUGUAUUAUUUGCUCUUAGUUUUUACUAGCUAACAAUGGGGCAACUGUUUUGAUACCCUUUUAAAAAAGGCAGGUUAAUAUUCUUUUUUAAUUGAAGCUAUUGUACAACUCCUUUUUAAAAACAUUUAGUCCUCCACCAGUUUACAAGGUUUUUUAUUUAAUCUGAAAUUUUUUGUUUUUAUAAUAAAUGAAAGGCAACUAUAAUCACCUUUUUUGUGUUGUUGAUCUGGGCUGGUUCUAUCUGCACCCCUAUCUGAUCCAUAUGAGCUCUCAAGUCCUCAGCCCCUUCAGUUAGGCAGACACCAGUGUUCCAUGGUUCAGGUAUCAUGAGGGAUUUAUUUAACAAGCAUUUGUAAUCCUAUUUUAUUUUAUAGACGUUCUUGUACCAAUCUUAACAUGAUAGUAUGAGUGCCUGUAGCGCAUUAAGCUACAUGGCACAUGUCUCAUGUGGUUCGCUUUCUCUAAUACUCUGUUAUGUGUGCAGUGUAUUGUUUGGAGUUUUAAAAUAAAUAUAAAAAUGUGUUCAUAUUAAAGAAAGCGAAAUAAAUGUAGUGCACUUUGCAUGUGCAGAA